UUGUGUUAUUACAAAAGGAUGCAAGGAAAAGAAAAAGCAAAAGCUGAACAAGAAGUGGAUAGGUUUGUGGAGUUAUCAGGGAAGAAAAUGGCGACUUUGUGGAGUUCAGAGGAUCCUGAGAGAACCGUGGAAUUGGAAUUUUUGGACAGGACCAUACCAGUUUUUUACUUGGAUGAUUUACUAAGGGCAUCAGCAAAAGUUUUGGGCAAAGGGAAGCUAGGUAGUACAUACAAAGCAACCCUGGAAUUGGGUUCUGUGGUUGUUGUGAAGAGAGUCAAAAACAUGAACGGUUUGAGCAAAAAAAGAAUUUAUCCAGCAGAUGUCGUUGCUGGGAAAGAUGAGACAUGA